AAAACUGCCCUUAUGUCACUGCAGAUGAUGCUGCGGUUGAAGCAAUGACAUCAUCCCUCCGGCCUCAGGCAGCGGAUCCAAACGCGAAACACACGCCAUUUUGGCUCCAAUCCAAAAGAUACUUGCUAUAUCUUCCUAGUCAUUCUUAGAGCCAAGAUGGCGGACACAGAGCUCCAGUUUCCUGAUUGUUAUUGCUCAUAAAGGAGGGAUGCCGUGAAGCCCUUUAACGAAAGAAAUUCGCCCUCAUUGGUUUCCACUGUGUUUACGGAGUGAGAGCCAAUCAUAUGUGCCCGCUGAUCCAGGUGAUAUCCCUCCUACCAGUAUCUCCGGAGUCGGUUUAUUUUGGUUUACCCCCGCUCCUCUGUCGCCGCCAUUAGAGCCAGCAGAGUCGGCAACAGAAAUGUGAAUCCCGGUGUUUAAAACCCUCUGAAAAGCCGCUCUGACCCGAAGAUCGCGGUGUUGUGAGGGGUUUCAGAGGAAGGGAGGCGAAAUAGCAUGGGUGCUCCUCCGCAGAUCGCGAUAGAUUGUCGGUGCUGAGCCGGAUUUGGACCCGAUUGGGUUUCGGUUGGAUAGACCUUCGGGAGAGAAGCGAUCCGUUUGCAGAAGGGCACACUCGGGAAGUGUGGAGGGCAAAGACAGGAGAAACUGGAGGCUCUGUGAUUGUGAGCGAGUGAAAGCAGAAGAACGGAGCACAGACGGGAGGAAGGGAGGGAGGGAGGGAGGGGGGAGAUCAGCUGUGGUGACCAGCACAAGCGAGGAUGACAGAUUUUGGUUUGAAGUGGAGCUGUGAGUACUGCACCUACGAGAACUGGCCAUCCGCCAUCAAAUGCACCAUGUGUCGGGCCCAAAGACACAACGCUCCCAUCAUCACAGAGGAACCUUUCAAGUGCAGAUCCAGCCUGGACCUCCAGCUCUGCACCACCCUGGGCGGUUCCACCCUGCUUAUCUGCCCCGACUCAAGCGCUCGGCCUCAGGUACGGAUUGCAGACGAGCUGCCCGAGACCAGCAGCAAAUGGUCCUGCCACAUGUGCACCUACCUUAACUGGUCACGCGCUAUCCGUUGCACACAGUGCCUCAGUCAAAGACAGCGGGGGUCCCAUCUGGGGCCCCACAGUCCUUUAGAAGCCCCCCAAACUUCAGACUCGGGACCCAGACCCUCUCUGGUCACCUCUGAUCCCUGCGAGGAGUAUAACGACCGAAAUCGGCUGAACAUGCACGCACAGCAAUGGUUGUGCUCGGUGUGUACCUAUGAGAACUGGCCAAAGAGACUCAGAUGUGUGGUUUGUGACCACCCUAAACCGAGCAGUACACCUGAGAUGCCACAGCAAGACUCGGAGGCGGAGAGCGCAAUGUCCCCAUCCAUAGGUAAUGAGAAGGAGCGAGAUAACGUAAGGACAGCGGGAGGAGGGGGGAUAAGCAGGGGUAUCAGGGGCAGGCAGAGGAAACUUUCUCCCCCCACGUCUAAGGGACAAGCGGAGGUGAAAAUCGAACUGGCAUCGGGUGCGGUGGGCAGUGAUAAUGAGCAGGAGGCGGACUUUAAAAAACUUAAACAGAUCCGGAACAGGAUGCAGAGAAGCGACUGGCUCUUCCUGAAUGCCUGUGCUGGUGUUGUCGAGGGGGAUCUGGCUGCUGUGGAGGCGUAUAAGUCAUCAGGCGGUGACAUCGCACGUCAGUUGACCGCAGACGAGGUGCGGAUCCUGAACCGCCCAUCUGCGUUUGACGGUGGUUUCACGCUGGUGCAUCUGGCCAUUCGGUUCCAAAGACAGGACAUGCUCGCCGUGCUGCUCACAGAGGUAUCUCAGCAGACAGCUAAGUGUAUACCAGCUCUGGUGUGUCCUGAGUUAACAGAACAGAUCCGCAGAGAGGUGGCGGCAGCACUUCACAGACGUAAAGGAGAAUUCCCCUGUUACUUCUUCACUGACCUCGUCACCUUUACAUUACCAGCAGAUAUUGAAGACCUUCCCCCAAAUGUUCAAGAAAAAUUGUUUGAUGAGAUCCUGGAUCGAGAUGUACAAAAAGAGUUGGAAGAGGAGUCUCCCAUCAUUAAUUGGUCUCUGGAGCUGUGCACACGUCUGGACAGCCGGCUGUACGCUCUUUGGAACCGAACGGCAGGAGAUUGCCUUCUGGACUCUGUGUUACAGGCCACAUGGGGAAUCUAUGACAAAGACUCUGUCCUGAGAAAAAGCCUCAAUGAUAGCUUGCACGACUGCUCUCACUGGUUCUACACGCGUUGGAAAGAGUGGGAAUCUUGGUAUUCACAGAGUUUUGGUUUGCAUUUCUCUCUUCGGGAGGAACAGUGGCAGGAGGACUGGGCGUUUAUACUGUCAUUAGCUAGUCAGCCGGGUGCCAGUUUAGAGCAGACGCAUGUGUUUGUUUUGGCACACAUUCUUCGCAGGCCCAUCAUAGUGUACGGUGUGAAAUAUUACAAGAGCUUCAGAGGAGAGACGCUGGGAUACACACGCUUUCAGGGUGUAUAUCUGCCUCUAUUAUGGGAGCAGAGUUUCUGCUGGAAAAGCCCUAUUGCCCUCGGUUACACACGCGGACACUUUUCCGCCUUGGUUGCCAUGGAGAACGAUGGCUAUGAUAAUCGAGGUGCGGGCGCCAACCUGAACACAGACGAUGAUGUCACGGUCACUUUCCUGCCAUUGGUUGACAGUGAACGGAAGCUGCUACAUAUUCACUUUCUGUCUGCACAGGAGAUGGGGACAGAGGAGCAGCAGGAGCGGAUGCUGAGGCAGUGGAUGGACUGCUGUGUGACAGAAGGCGGGGUUUUGGUAGCCAUGCAGAAAAGCUCUAGGAGGCGGAACCACACGCUUGUCACUCAGAUGGUUGAAAAGUGGCUGGACGGUUAUCGGCAGCUUGCUGCUUGUCCCACUCUUUCUGACGGAGAGGAGGAAGAGGAAGAUGAGGAUGAGUGAUGAAGGCCCACAUCAAAGUUCACUUGACACUACAACAUGGCCCUUUCGUGUUCCCUAACACUGAAACGCACAAACGCACACAUUUAGUCCCAGCUGAAUGACAAACCCAUGGUUUCCUUUUGGUUUUUGUCUCUAAUCAUAUGGAUCUGUUGAAAAUAAAGGAAUGUAAUCAUGAUUGUAUUUGUCUUUACACAGUAUGCUAUUUGGUUUCGUUUGUGUUUUGUUUUAAAGUUGCUUUUGCAAUGCUUGUAGUGAUUUACAAAAAAAAAAAAAAAAUAGAAGUAUUUGGAAAUUACGCCAGUGUGCACUGGAAAGAAAAAUAUAUUUAAUAGGUAAAUUGCAGCAAUUUAAGCACCCUUUUCUGUUCUAUUUGUAAUGAAACUCAUACAAAUGUCUACUUUUUGUUUUGCAUUACUCUAGACCAGGUGUAGCCAACUCUGCACCCAACCCUAAUCAAACAUAUCUGCACCUGCUAAUCAAGGUCUUCAGGAUUACUUGAAAAUUACAGGUUGGUGUGUUGGUGCAGGUUUGAAGAUGAACUCUGCAGGAAGGUAGCUUUCCAGGAGCAGGAUUGACUACCCAUGCUCUAGACUGAGAUUACCAAAACAUAAUUCACUACACAUGUUUUAAAACAUGCAUUCACACUAUAGACUAUCUCAAACUAGGACUGUCAUGUUAUUUGUUCGAAAUAAAGUUCUGUUGGUUGACUAUUUUCACCCGGUCAUUACAAAGAGAUAAGUUCAUGUUUAAUUCAAUUUCUAUCACAUGUUUUUUUAUUUAUAAAAAUAAUAGUUUGUGAGCCAUAGAAACGAAUGCUUUUCCACACGUCCCAAUAAUGUCCCAUCUUUGAACUGAAUCGCAUUCACAUGUGAACGCUGCGAGAAUGGGGCAUAUGUCAGAUUAUGUGUGUGUUAGGCACCUUGUUGAACAUAGGUAACAUUUCAUACUUUUUCCAUAGGGUACAGAUUUCAUACCCUUUUGGAAGGGUACAUUAUUUCAACUCUUCUUUAACUGUGGUCCGUUUCACUCUUUCAGUUCUGUAGUUCUGCAUGUGUUUGUUAUCUGUGAUGUCUGCCCAUUACUUUUCAAUGCAGGUUUUAUUUUUUCACUGUUUCCAAAUCUCUGUAUGCACAUGUCAUUACAAAGACUUGAUGUAGACCAAAGUGAACAUUAAGAGAGAUUUUGUGGAGUGUUUGCAGUGGUAAUUUAACCUGGUAUAACUGGGUUUGUUUUUCCAUGUUCAUAGCAUCUCAUAACCUCCUGUAUUUGUGUCCAGUCUCGCCCCUCACCAACUUAAAAAGUUAUAUUUUCUUUUUUAAAUUGUGUGAUGGUUGCCGCUACACUAUGAUAUAUUUGAUAUAUAAUAAGGUGGAGAACAAACUUGGUGAUAUUGAAGACCUAAGUGUUUUGAAUGACCAACUCUGAAAUUAUUAUAAAACUUUAAACUGAACAGGUGUGAUUUCCUAAAUUAUAUAUCAUUCAGAUGAAGGCUGUAUUAAAUAUCAGCUUCUGUAAGGAUAUAGCAAUAGCACAUUUAUUACUAGCUAUUGUUUAGCCGUCUGUUACCUUAAAUGAGUCUCACAGAAACCGUCAAGAACAUGUCUGGGUCAUAUUUAAUAAAAUAUGCAAAUGUUGACAAAUAAGAAAUGUUUGUUUUGUAUAAAGAAUAUGAAGUCGAGUUUUAGGAGCAUUCUCUUUGCCAUAAUGCAAAAAAAAAAACAUUGUAUAAGAGCAUGUAUCCAUUGUGGUAGUAUUAUACAGUAUGUAUUAUAAUAUGUAAGACCGUGGCAUGAUUGUUGGUGCCAGACGGGCUGGUUUGAGUAUUUCUGUAUCUGCUGAUCUCCUGGGAUUUUCACACACAACAGUCUCUAGAGUGUAAAGAUAAUGGUGCUGUUAUGGACUGUGGUCCAUUCUGACGAGUGAUUUCGAUCUUAUCCUGUCCGUUAUCAGACACACGGAUAUAAGCGAUGGAAUCCACGCUUUGUCUAACAGCUUACCCUAAUAAACAGCAUGUUUGGACUGCGAGUAGGAGAACUGCAGCCAAGAAAUGCUUGCGCCGGUCUCAUUAUGGACUGUGAUCCAUUCUGACAUGUGAUUUCUAUCUCAUCACAGUGUUUAGUGUAAAAGUCCGCUCUCGUGUCUGUUCCGCAAAUGCUGGAGAUUUUCUGAUCCUAGUCACUGAGUUUAAACCAUCAUAUCUUGUACGUGAAAUAAUAAAAAAUGUAAAAUAAAAAAGUUAGAUUUACCC